CAUUCAAUUCAACCCAAACCCCAAACCCCAAACCCCAUCAAUCAUCAUAUUCCUUUUCUCUCUCUCUCUCUCUCUCUCUCUCUGAAGCAACAAAUGGCCACCAUCUCUCUCAAAUCCCUCCACCACCACUCUCUCCUCAAGUGCCACGUCACAGACACCCUGAUCCCCUCCUCCUCUCUCUUCCUCCAUCCCACCACCUCCACCACUUCUCUCUCCCACUCUCUCUCCUCCUCAGUCUCCACCACAUUCUCUCUCUCCCCCGCCACCUCCUCCACCCCCUCCACCUCCCAAGCCAUCUCCUUCGACGCCCUCCAACACCACCUCUCCAACAAAAACUUCCGCCAAGCCGACGAGGAAACCCGCCGCCUCCUCAUCGUCCUCGCCGGCGAGCCCGCUCAAAAUCGCGGCUACGUCUUCUUCUCCGAGGUCCAGUUCAUCCCGGAAGCAGACCUCAAAGCCAUCGACGGCCUUUGGAAACAGCACAGCAACAACAAGUUCGGGUACAGCGUGCAGAAGAGAAUAUUCGAGAAAGCCGAUAGAGAUUUCACCAAAUUUUUCCUCAAGGUUGGGUGGAUGAAGAAGCUUGACACUGAGAUCGAGCAGUACAACUACAGGUCUUUUCCUACAGAGUUCGUCUGGGAGCUCACUGAUGAUACCCCAGAGGGUCAUUUGCCAUUAACAAAUGCUUUGAGAGGGACCCAGUUGCUCAAAAGCGUUCUCAACCAUCCAGCUUUUGAGGCCAUGCAAGAAGAGGACAAGGAAGAUGCUAAAGUUAAUGUUGAAGAAAUUAGCAGUAGCGACAAUGGGGCACCCUUGAGCAAGAGACUUUCCAGACCAGACUACAGCUUUUGAGAGUAUGAGAAUUCUUCCAUGCCCAUCAUAUAUAUAUACACAGGAAAGUAUCAUUUGGGUUUUUAGAUGUAUUAUAUAUAUUAUGUAAUGGAAGUGCGCUUGAUUGAUCAGUACUAAUUUUUUCCUAUA